AUGAUGGGGAAGACGCAGAAGUUCUCCAAGGGGCACCCGCUCGGUUUCGUGCCGGACUACCGAUAUGGGGUGGAAACUGUGGGGGUGUCAAAGGGCCUUGGGAAUCCUGCAAGAAGUGAAGCCAAGAGAAAAUGCAUCAACCUCAAUACGGACGAGGGGGCUGAUGCUCCCGGAUUUAAUGUGCCGCGGGUGGUCUUUGAGUUGCCGAGGAUGUCGGCCUCGGAUAGGAAUGAGCUGGAGAUGAGGCUCCGUAACGAGCUCGAGCAGGUGAGGGCCCUCCAGAGUAGGUUGUUUUCAAGAGGGGCUACGACGAGCAUGAAUGGUGGGACUGCGUCGGCUCCCAGAGGUGAUUUCAACAGCAAUAAAAAGGAUGGGAAGCUCAGGAGGAGCAAUUCAGUGCAGUCCGGCAGAGGAUUACCGCCAUCAGUUGCCCAACCUGUAGUCAGCUCCAUUAACUACACAGCAUCGUUUAAAAAAUGCCAGGAGCUUCUGAAGAACCUUAUGAAGCAUCGCUCUGCAGGCCCGUUUGUUAUGCCAGUUGAUCCUGUGAAGUUGUGUAUCCCUGAUUAUUUUGAUAUAGUCAAGCACCCAAUGGAUUUGGGUACUAUACAGAAAAAGCUGAAUGCAGGUGUGUACCCUACACCUUGGGAGUUUGCCGCAGACGUGAGGCUUACUUUUAGCAACGCUAUACUUUAUAACCCAGUUGGUAAUGCAGUUAACAUAAUGGCCCAGACUAUGAGCAGUGUUUUUGAACCUAGAUGGAAGCCUAUCGAAAAGAAGCUUCCUCGACCAGAUGAGGAACUCUCUGCAAUUGAGCCUUUAAAAAAUGAUGCAGUUGAGAAAAAUAUUGUUGACAACAAAGAGCCUUUUGAUAGAAGACCUUCAAAUAAAGGUGCAUAUAAGAAAAACACCUUUCAAAAAGAGGAGGUGGUUGCCAAGCCAGUUUUGCACCCGAAGAAGAGGAAAGCCUCUCCUUUGGUUCAGGAUGCUCCAGUAGCAUCAGUGAUACAGAUGGCUCAGGUGGCUGAGGAGGUUCCAGUGGUACAAACUGCUAUGGGAAUGAUGAGAGAUGAACAAAAGGUUGCUCUAAGCGUAAGACUACAAUCAUAUGGUGGAUUCAUUCCAGAACAUGUAGUUGAGUUCAUAAAGAGGCAUGUUAAUGAUGAUAAUGAUGCUGAUGAAGAUGAGUUGACUAUUGACAUGAACGCUCUCAGCGAUGAUACCCUGUUUGAAUUACAGAAGCUUCUUGAUGACUAUGAUAGAGUAAAUCAGUCUGGAAAUCCUACAAAAGAUGAGCCUCAAGAAGUUGAGUUCCAAAGUGAAUAUGGACUUGCCAACUCAUCAAUGCAUCAUGAAGGCAAUGAGCUUGUUGAGGAAGACAUUGAUAUUGGUGGGAACGAUCUUCCACCUUUAACAUACCCCCCUGUGGUAUUUGAAAGUGAAACGGCAGACAGAAGCAGCAAGCAUAGUUCUUCUAGCAGUUCUAGUAGUGAGUCAGGAUCAUCCUCCAGUGGUUCGGAUUCGAGUAGCUCUUCUGGAAGUGAUUUGGGUGCCAAAGUUCCUUCGACAAACAUCGGGGCUAAGGAGAACGUACUACCCGUGUUUAGCUUGGACCAGGAGAACGAUUCACAGGAUACAUUGAAUAUACAAGAACAAUGUGCUGACCGUGUACCUAUUUCUGCUGAUGAUGAGGAGGAGAACGUGUCUGAUAAAAAAUACCGAGCUGCCCUUUUGAAAAGCCGCUUCGCUGAUACAAUUCUCAAAGCUCGUGAGAAGGCUCUUGAUCAGGUGAAGGAUCCUGAGAAAGUUCGGCGCGAGAGGGAGGAGCUUGAAAGGUUACAAAGGGAAGAGAGAGCUCGGUUACAAGCUGAGGCUAAAGCUGCUGAGGAAGCUCGCAAGAGGGCUGAAGCAGCAGCCGUUGCUGAGGCUGCUGCAGAAGCUAAACGCCAAAGAGAGCGUGAAAGAGAAGCAGCUCGUAAAGCCUUGCAGCAGAUGGAGAAAACUGUAGAAAUCAAUGAAGGGAACCUCUUCCUGAAAGAUUUUGAAAUGCUUGGAACAGUCACAGGUGAACAGAAUCUCAACUUGGUCGGUGAAAUGAGUCCAAGCCAUACACCUGAGCCCCUCGGAUUUCAACUUGGGGGCAACCCCCUAGAACAGCUUGGAUUGUAUAUGAAAAAUGACGACGAAGAAGACGAGGAAGUCGAGUCCGCAGAUGAACCAACAGUUGAUGUUGAGGAGGGCGAAAUAGACUGA